AUGGUGCAGUGGUUCGGUGUCCUCCGUGCCGCUACGGUUGGUGCAGCGGUACUGAUGUCGGGUGCCAAUGCCUGGAACAAGGAGUCCAUCAUGGCAGCUGGAAGACCCUCCAACUCCCUGAGCUCUGGCCAGGUACCGGGAAGGUACAUUGUCGAGCUCGAGACAGGAGCUGGAGUGCGCCAGCGCGACAUUCAGCGUCGUGCUGAUGCCGUUCUGUCGAGCCUGUCCAGCGUUGGCCUAGACGUCGAUGUGAAGGACGACUACUCUGCCAUAUCGACGCGCUUCAGUGGUCUGUCGAUUGAAGUCAAGAACAGCAAAGAGGGCACCCUCGACCAGCUCAAGAAAGUCGAGGGCGUUGUCGAUGCCUGGCCAGUAUAUACGGUCAAACUCAAUCCAAUUGCUGAGGGCGACGGUUCUAAGCGAGCAUGGAACCCUCACAUUGUCACCCGCGUUGAUGAGCUUCACAAGCGAGGCAUCAAGGGCCAGGGUCAGCGCGUCUGUGUCAUCGAUAGCGGUGUCGAUGCUGCUCACCCGGCCUUGGCUGGCAGGAUUGCUGGCGGCAAGAACAUGCUAGAUGAUAACAACGACGUUCAGGACUGUAUCGGUCACGGUACAUUCGUCUCAUCCGUUAUUGUUGGAGACACCAAGGAUUUCCAUGGUGUUGCCCCCCAGGCUGAGGUGUAUAUGUACAAGGUCUUCCCUUGCUCAGACACCACUAGUAACGAUAUCAUACUCAAGGGUAUGCUAGCUGCUGAUGCGGACAAUUGCGACAUUAUCUCCCUCUCUCUAGGUAGCGACAGCGGAUACCAUAGCAGUACAUUGUCCAUGGUUGCAAGCCGUAUUGCACAAGACCGCCUUGUCGUUGUUGCUGCUGGAAACUCUGGAGAGCAGGGUAUCUUCUACGCCAGCUCCCCAGCUUCAGGCCGCGGCGUCCUCUCCGUAGCAUCUGUCAACGCAAGGCAGGUUCUGCGCUGGCCGGCUACCGUACGGUCCUCCAGCGGACAGGAGUUGGCCAUCAGCUACGUCACCCAUGACGGAACCAAGGUCAACGAGACUGUCAAUGCUCCCAUCACAUUGGACGCGGGAGAUGCCUGUAAUCCCGAGUCCUAUGGUGAGGAGUCUCAGGCACUCGUCAUCCAACGUGGAGUCUGCAUGUGGGCUGGGGCAUACAAUACCCUGAUGUACAACGGCUUCGGCUACUAUCUCAUUUUUGAUUCCUACAAUCAAGGAGUGUUUUACCCGUCAGAUGCCCUCAACUCCAAUCCUUCUAUCCGCCUCUUCGGACUCACUGCCGCUUCCGUCGGCGCCUGGGUCAAGGAAGAGACUGCCGCGGGUCAUAACCUAACUCUCGUCAUCAAACCAGACGACGACUCAGCGGCAUCUGAUCCAGACAAUACGUUCAACGACUUCCCUGGCGCAGGACAGGUCUCCUACUUUUCCUCGUGGGGUCCUACCUUUGAAAACGACUUCAGCCCCAAGAUUGCAGGUCCUGGUGGCUUUGUAUACGGAGCUCACCCUGACAACAAGUACGUAGUGCAAUCGGGAACCUCCUUCUCAACUCCCUACAUCGCAGGUGUGGCGGCUCUCUUCUACGCCCAUGUGAAGAAGGACAGCAAAGAGUUUCUGCGCAGAAUCUCCGCCACCGCCGCGAGUCUACCAGCCUGGGAUGAGAGAGAAAAGUCGGUCCUCGCCGACAUCGCGCCUCUCGCACAGCAGGGGUCUGGUAUGGUUGACGCAGUCAAGGUCAUGGAUUAUCAGACUAUCCUCUUGUCUGAUUCCCACAUCUCACUCAAUGAUACCGACAACCGAGUAUCCACACACAAGAUUCGUCUGGCCAAUACGGGCUCUUCUCAGGUCACGUACAAAAUAUCACAUGUCGCCGCAGCCAGUGUGAAGUCCAGAGACGAAUACCUGUACCCGUAUACGUACAUGCCUCCUCUUACUGCCGCUUCUGGUUCCAUCAGUGCCCCUGGGAGCAUCACCAUUGCUCCUGGCUCUACACAUGAGGUUGAAGUCACUUUCAACAAGCCCGCCGGCGACCAGGCGAACAGCGGUACCGUCUGGAGCGGCAAGGUCGUGUUCGAGGGCACCAAUGGCGAAUUCGUCUCCAUCCCCUACAUGGGCGUUGAGGUUUCCACCUACAAUUGGACACCUCUGGAAGGCUCCCCUCUCUUCUUCCGCUACGACUCCGCAGAUGGAUACCUGUAUCCCGUUGACUGGCAAAGCAAGCCUUAUAAGCUAGCUGAAACUGACUCACCUGAAGUCUACUAUGCCCUUCGUUAUGGCACCUACGAGUUCUCGUUUGAUCUGGUAGGCCCUGACUGGAAGGUUGAAGAUUUCUCGUACCCUCUGGUCUCUGGAGCCGGGUCUGCCCAAUGGCAUGGCAGCUUACGAUCGGCACCUGAUGUGUUUGGCUCUUACGUCGAGUUCCCUGCCAAGUUCCCCGCUCGGUUCAGUAAUGUCGGUUUCACCAGGUUCCAGAGCUUUUCCAACGGGACGGCGGUCAGGACUGGCCGAUAUAGGAUUUUGGCUCGAGCUCUCCGCAUGUUUGGUGAUGCCAAGAACCCCAAAGACUGGCAGUUCACCCUGUCCGACGCCUUCACUGUCCAGCUCGGAGAUGAGACUCUCCCCUCGACGCCCAUCAGCUCGACCACGGCAGUCUCAACUCCGGUCUCCACGGCCACUCCAACCUCCCAGAGCGUGUCUACUACGUCCUCCCAGGUUAUUGUGACACCCUCGAGCAGCGCCAUUGCAUCCAUCACAACCGUUCCAGGUAUCACGACUACCUUGCGGGCUAUUGCCACCCCAACAGGAGUGCCCAACGCCGUUGUCGACGUCUCCGUUGCUAAGCAGGGCGCUUCCACCAACCAGAUCAACGACCCCGGCGUUUGGCUAGAGCUACAUGUUCGCUUUGAGAUCCCUACGCGUCUGCCGCUCGACAGUUCCGUCUCUUUUGCUCUCCCUCCCCAGAUUGUCGACGUGGCCACGAGUAAUUACGUGAUGGACCAGGCCUCCAACUUGGUGGGGUCUGCCAGCUUUGACAAGAGCACCAGCCUCUAUACCAUCAGUUUUGGCGAGUACGUGACCUGGCACAGCCAAUUGGUGGGAGACUUUUAUCUCUUCUGUCGAUUCAGCGAGGACUAUCGACCACAGAUGCAGGCAGGCACUUAUUACCUCGAGGUUCUCACCGCGGGAAAGCCCAUCUACACCACCCUUAUCUACACUGCUGUUGAUCGCACGCGCGUGUACGAGCACAUGGCCGUCAAGAAGGUUGACAAUCUUGACACGUAUCUGUUCAAUGUCGAGGUACCUGGUCAGCUGGGUCCUUGGAAUUCGGUUACUUUCACGUCCGUGUACAACGAAAACGACGGUUUCCUCUGCAGCGAGACCACUGUGGCUGUUGGUACCGAGUUCAACGCCCUCAACCAAGUUUCCAAGUCCAGGGAUAUCACGGCGCCAUCUGUGAAGCGAUGCGAGGUUAAGAAUUUCAGGGCCAUUGUCACCGAAACCGUCGCAGCAGGAGAUGCUCUCAUUUUCAACAUUGCCACACUCAUGGGAAAACGAGAAAGCUGGUCAAUCACUAUGACUUAUGGCCUCGCCAUUGAGCUGAAGAAUGGAACUACAAUCGGAUGGAACUCUCGUUCGAUGACAUAUGAGAAGAAUUCUCGCAGCCGCCCCGACAACUGGAUCAGUGCCGUUGUUGACAGAGACGGUCCCAUCGGCCCCAUCAUCUCGACGACCAGUCUGAUUCCUACAAUCUCUACCCCGGUGUCCACCCCAGCUUCGACUCCCGUAAGCAGCAGCACCGCGGUCACAACGACAAGCACUCCAGGUUCCUCCACACAAGUGUCGUCGUCUACCCCUCAGUCAAGUAUUGUCAGCUCUAGCGCUUCGAUCGGAUCAUCUAGUUCAGCGGUUGAAACAUCAACCCCGGUCUCUUCUACUACACCACUGUCCAGUUCAGCCGUUUCAUCUGCAACGCCUGCCUCUAGCACAGUCGUGUCUUCAACUACACCAAUCUCUUCCGGCACACCCGUUUCGUCGUCUGUACCUGCAUCCUCUACGCCUGUUUCGUCCACUACUCUGAUCUCUUCUACAACCCCUGUCUCUUCUACUGAGGGUUCCUCGUCAGCUAUCUCCAGCUCCCAAAGGACGUCUGGCUCUUCCACUGCCCCCAUUUCCUCACAUGUUUCGUCUUCGGUCAUUCCUAGCUCUCAGACAACGCCUGUCUCUUCGACAAGUGCUGGCAGUUCUACAACAGACGCGUCAGCUUCAGUUUCGCCUUCUAUCUCGCAGACGACACCUGGGACAGCAACUCGCGGCUCUACAGCAUCUUCUUCAACAAUUUCUGCAACAGGAUCUUCUUUUUCAGCAGACAUCUCAAAUUCUGUUCCGGCCAGCUCCACCUCAAGCCUCUCUUCUCCUUUAUCAGGCACAACAGUCCCUACUUCUGCAUCCAACAUCGCCACUUCGUCUUCGUCUCGCGGAUCUGUCAGCCAGUCUGACGAGCCUCACCCAACCACCGGGCCCUCUGUGGUAACCACCACAUCUACCAAGCAGGGUCCUGCUGCCACCGAGACACAGACUGUCACCGUCAUCACCUCGGUGUGCUCAGACCCGAGCUGGACAGCCCCCGUCACGGUCACAAUCACUGUGCCUUUCGCCACCAGUGGGCAGACCGAGGUCACAACCAUCACAUCUGUCUGCACGCGGUGCGCUGACCACCCCGUAACCGUGACUUACACCCAGCCUGCCGCUCAGUCCACUUCAACCAAGGUCGAUGGCUUCCGCGUUCCUAGUUCAGGGUCUCAUGCGCCUAACUUGGUUCCGCACGUCACCAUUUCGGGAAGACCCGGGAAUCCUGGAAACCCUGCCCGGCCCAGCGCCUUUUCCACCUUGACGUCCAUCAGCUCAGCGAAGGUCUCGGACGGACCGGGACAAGGAAACGGCGACAAGCCCAGCCAGAGUUCUCAACCUAAUGGGGCUACAGGCGAUAACAGAAGCAGCAGCGUUAGUCACAUUGGUGCUACUCAACCAGCUCUUACCCAGAAGACAGCUACAUCCGUUGCGCCGAAUGUUCCAUCGACCGUCUCGACUUCGGCACCCGUCUCGGCUGCUGGUCAUGUAUCGAUGCAGUAUCUGAUAGCCAGCAUUAUCGCAGGUUUUGCAACUUGGGCAUUGAUUAUAUAA